AUUUUCAUCUACUCCCCAGGGAACUAUCCCUGGAAAUACAUAAAAAAGGGGAAAAAUCAAUUUGACAAAAUCCAUCAUGAUGAGGAUCAUCAACAAGAAGUUUUUAUUAAGUGCUUGCUGUGGGCCAGACACUGAACUAAGCACUAAGAAGGCUCUGAUCUCAAGGACCUCACAGUCCAGUUGGGGAAAUGGUGGGUAAACAGCUAAAUACCAAUAAGACAGAGACAGGGUCAGUUCGAGAUAAGCAAUAGAAGAAAAGCACCGGCUUUAAGGGGACUUGGGAAAGGCUUCUUGGAGAAGCGACGAGUUCAACUCUGCUCGAAGGAAGCCAGGGAGGCAGAGAUGAGGAGGGGGUUUCAGGUAUGGAAUCAAAAGACAGAUGCCUUGUGAGAGGAAAAACAAGGAGACCGAUUCAAAGACAGAAAGAAAGGGAGCAGCGUGAGUGCAAGGGAUAAUGCUGUAAAAAAUUACCCUGGCGGGUUCUGUCAAUAAAAAGUUUUAAAAAUAAAUAAAUAAACUAAAGAAGGAAAUGGAAAAAAAAAAAAGAAAUAAAAAGUAUUUGAAAUGAAAAAAGAAAGGGAGCAGCUUGGGAACGGCUAUCAAGGCCAACAGACAAUUUUACAUUGGAUCCUGGAGGGAAUAAGGAGAUAGUGGAGUUCUUUGAGUCUGAAAAUGGCAGCGUCAGACUUCCAUUUCAGGAAGAUUAAUUGACCUUCCAGCGGAGUGGAGGAUGAAAUGGAGCAGGGAGAGGUGAGAACAGGGAGGCCAUCCACGAGCUGUUUGCGAUAGUCCAGGUAGGAGGAACGGCGAUCUGUACGUCCUGGCAGCUCAGAACAGAGAAGGGGGAUGUUUGAGAGACCUUGUGCAGGCAGAAUAGACAGGACUUGGCAACUCAUUGGCUAUGGGAGGUGAAAGUGAGGAGCAGAGAGUGUGAACCAGGGUAUGAACCGGGAGAAUGGGGAUCUUUGGACAUCACCUCCUUGGGAAAAGGAGAGGUUUUAGGGAGAAAGAUAAUGACUUCAAAUAGAGCGCUAGGUCUGUAGUCAGGAGGACCUGAGUUCGAAUCCAGCUUCAGGCACUUCCUCGCUGUGGGAUCCUGGGCAAGUCACUUCCCCCUGUUUGCCUCAGUUUCCUCAUCUGUAAGUGAACUAGAGAAGGAAUUGCAAACCACCCCAGUUGUUUUUGCCAAGAAAAUGCCAAAUAGGGUCAUGACGAAUUGAACGUGACUGAAACGACUCUUCAUUUUUGGACAUUUUGAGUUUAAGCUGACUAUGGGACGCCGGAUUCAAGGUGGGACAUCAGGAGAGAGAGUAGGGCUGCAUCAGUAAUCUGAGGAGCAAAUGAGAUGCUCUUUGUAAAGUGCCGAGCACACACAUCAAAGGCAUUACACAAAUGCUCGUUUUCUUCCUCUCUUGGACAGGGCGGACAUGACCAUUGAAUCCGUGGCAGAGGGUGAGAUCACUAAGUAAAACGGAACAGAGAGUAAAGAAAGAGGAGCCCUAGAAAAACCUUUGGGACUCCUGCCUUUAUUGAUUACUGCCCGGAUAAGGAACCAGUAAAGGAGCUUGAGAAGGGGCAGUCGGAUGGUAGGAGAACCAAGAGAGAGCGAUGUCCUGCGAUCUAGAACCCAGAGAGUGGAUCAAGGAGGAGAGAGUGAUCGACAGUGUCAGAGGAGAAAAGAAUUGAGCUUGAGUGGGAUUUACUUGGGUACAGAAAAUUCUUGACUGAGAGUGGUUUUUAUUUUAUAUAUUUUUUUAUUUUAUAUUUAUUUUAUAUUAUUUAUAUUAUUUUUAUUUUAUAUUAUUUUACGUUAUUAACAAUUAAUGCCAUUGAAGCAGAAUGUCCAGCCCUUUCCUUAUAAUUUCAUUGAUAUUUAUCAAUUUAUCAGUAUAUGCUCAGGAUUCAACUAUAGCGCCUUUUCCUAGAGUGUUCCCGUGGUUAUUGUCAGUUACUGUUGUCAUGCGUCCCCCCGAAUGGCCGCUAGGGGGCGCUGUCCAACAAAGGCAGCGCUUCGCGUUUCGGCCCUUUCUGUCCUUUUCCGCACCUCGUAUCCAGGCGCUUCCAGAGCGGGAAAAGAAAGUUUCUCGGGUCGGGGCGCGCGCAGCUGCGGCGACCAUGGAGCCAAGGCAGCGGGAGGAGGACGACGCGGAGGAUCAACGGCAGUUCACGUUAGUCCAGAACCUGAAAGCGGCCGUCCACUACACGGUGGGCUCAAUGUGCCAGGAAGCUGCUGAAGCCAAAGGGGUCAGAUUCACCAAACCGACCAUAGCGGCCAUUUCCGAGGUCACCUUUCGGCAAUGCGGUAAAAGAGCCCAUUCUUUGCCUCAAUUCACCUGGCCUCAAUCACUGAAUGAGGUCUCCCACUGCAUGCAGGGCCAUUGCCAGUUGUCCCUGUCUGAAGAGAGAAGUCCAGCUGGAUGGCUCCGACUUCCCUUCCAGCUCUGACCUUCUGAGUCUCACUGCUGUCCCUACCACACCCCCAACCCUGAACCUUUCCCUUUCAUUCCUUCUUGACUGGUCUGGUGACUUCCCUAGCGAGGGCUGCUGCCCCAGUGAGGAAGCGCCUUCAUCCAGGGGCCCAUAAAGAGUUAAGUGAUUUGCUCAGGGUCCCUCAAUCCUGAGGAUGUGUCGAGGCAGGAUUUGAACCUAGGUUUUCCAGCUUUUGAGGCUGUCUCUUUCUCUCUUGUUUUUUUAAUAAAGCUUUGUUUUCAAAACAUGUGCAUAGAUAGUAACAUUCACCCUUGUAAAACCUUGUGUUCCAAAUUUUUUUCCUUCCUCUCUUCCCUGCAUCCCCUCUCCUAGAUGGCAAGUAAUCCAAUAUAUAUUAAACAUGUGCAAUUCUUCUAUACAUAUUUCCCAGAUAUUGUGCUGCACAAGAAAAAGCAGAUCAAAAAAGGAAAAAAAUGCCUUUUUUAAAAAACUCAUUUUAUUGACUAGACUUCUUGCCCAGCCCUGACUGCACCCAGCAGACACAGGGACCUUGCUAGUUUCUUGCAUUUCCCAGUUAAGAGAAGGUGGCAGCUGCCCCCUGCCCCCCAACAAAUAAUGCUCCCAAGGACUGUAACCCCUCAGGAGUCUGGUCUUUGGGCAAUUUGUUUUUUUUAGUUUAGUUGGUUGCUGACUGGCCCUACUCUGGUACUCGCUGUGGAUGCUCUGAUUUGGGGUCAAGCAAAGCUCCGUCUGCGGGGUCAGUUCUGAAGUUAAAGAAUGGUUUUGUUUAAUUAUUCGAAACCAAAGGUAGCGAAUUAAUGGAGGAUUUGUAGGGGCAAAGGGUGCUGGAAGAGAGGGGGCCGCAAUGAGUAAGGGCGAUGAGAGAAGCGAUGAGCGCACUUUCUUCACCUUUGAAAUGACUGCGGGAUUAGUCACCGCUCUUUUCGUCUUCCUGACACAAGAUUGAGGAUAAUGGUGGCUAAAGUACCU